AUGAUCCCAGAGAAAAAGUUAUAUUUAUUGCAGAUCUCUUGUCGAUUGCUAUUUCUCGUUCAAUUACGCUUCCUUCGUCUGGCCACGUUCAGUUGGAUGCUAGCCGAAGGAGUGCAUUUGUAUCGGCUACUAGUAAGUGACAGUGGCGACAGUGAAAACCUCACAAUCUACAAAAUUCUUUGUUGGGGAGUCCCAGCGGUGAUUGCCGUCGUCUACGGUGCACUGCGUGAAAGCCUCGAUAACGAAGGAUGUUGGGUGUCGCCAUCGGUGAACGGUUGGAUAGAAUCCACAAUCAUCAUCCCGUGUAUUCUGGCACUUUCUGUAAACGUUGUGCUGAUGUCACGAAUACUGUACAUUUUGGUGAAGAAACUUCGACACGAUCCGCAUUUGGAACGAAUGCAAUAUAAGUGA